CUGGCAUUUUUCCUAUUACGGUGUCCCUAUUGUGAAAAUUGCCAAUGGAGACGGAGCACUUAAAGGCCUCUUAUAUAUGCAGGGUAGACCAGGAAAGACCGAGAGGGCCUGCAGAUGGCGAAGCUCGAAGGCGGCAGCAAGGAUGUUGACGAAGCCAUGGAGAGGUGGCACAACCGUUCCUUGGGCCACCGGCUGUACGACGCCUUCACCGUAGCCGGCCUCCGCGUGGAGACCAUCGAACCCGGCCGCCUCCUCUGCUCCUUCAUGGUCCCUCCUCGCCUCACGUCGAGCGCCAGCAACCGCAUGCAUGGAGGCGCGGUGGCGUCGCUGGUGGACCUGGUGGGGUCUGCUGUGUUCUUCGCCGGCGGCUCGCCGGUGACGGGGGUCUCACUGGAUAUCACCGUCUCCUACCUGGGCGCCGCCCGUGCAAACGAGGAGAUCGAGAUCGAGGCUCGGGUGCUCGGCAUUGGCGACAAGACGGGGUGCGUGACCGUGGAGGUGAGGAGGAAGGACACCGGCCAGGUGCUCGCGCACGGCCGCCACACCAAGUAUCUCGCCAACGUCUCCAGUAAACUGUGAGGGUCCUUCCUAUCAUGGAAGGGCCACAGUGUAGACGCGUAAAACGGUUGUCUUUGCUAGCCAACUAUGUUGAUGAGAGUCCGAGCACGGGAUAUUCCAUGCAUGGAUUCAUCGCUCGUCAUUGCUGUGAUAAUUGUGCCGGUUGUUGUCAAAAUUUAUCUCGUUUCAAAAUGUUUCAUUUGGCUUUUUUCUCGACAUGUAUCAUCAUGUUUCGUUACGUAUUAAUAAAAAAGAAUGGACUUAUUUUGGAUCA